AUGGGCUCCUACACCGCUACCGAUUUAUCAUGGACAGACUUCGGUCUCCGACUUACUAUCCGCUUCGACGCGGAGGACUCGCCCCUUCCCCUCGCUUCCUCUGCCGAAUCCCUUCAAGUUCAGCCUGUCGCUUCUACUGACAUGACCUCUCCUCUGUCGAGUCCUGACACCAGUCCUCCAGCGAUCGUCACAUUUCCUUGCCAAGCUGGUUCUCUGUACUUACAGCCCGGAACCAUCGGUCGCUGUACUUCAGUGCUCCCUGUGAAACCUCCUUCCGACCCGAAGUCGAAGGAUCUUCCUGGAGAGCUGGUGGUGAAGAGAAGUUGGCAGUCGAACGAUCGCUUGGGCGAGGACGUUAUCAUCGCGCAUAUCCGGAGUCUAAUCAUCCCGCACUCGGAGAAACACGUAUCAGACGUCAGGGGCUCGGUGACUCAGACGAUGGAGGAUCUGAAAUUCCCUCGAAAGAAUCUGACGGAUAUUGCGAGGCGCGAAAUCGAGAGAUGGAAGGCCGAUCCAAGGGCCCAGAAUGGCCCCAAAGCCACCGCGAACGAGUUCAGGGACGCCCAGUUCUAUCGUGCGUUCGUCGGCGAAGCUCUCGAUAUUCGCGUUUUUCGCACUUUGAUCUGUGUGCGCAAUAUUCCGUUGCGACAAGUGCGAAACUGCCAAGAGUUUACGAAGGUAUUCUUGGACGUGGUGCAGGCACACUACGUUGUCUACACAGAGGCCCACAUUCUGCAUCGCGACCUCAGCGUGGGCAAUAUCAUGUUCAGACGCGAGAACGGUGAAGUCAUUGGUGUUUUGAUCGACUGGGAUCUAGCCAUACCCCUUGAACCAUAUGCCCUGCCUGACCCUUCGUCAAAGCACCGCACUGGGACGGCAGCUUUUAUGGCGCUCGAGCUUCUUGGUAAUGAGGGUGCCCCGAUCAAACACGAAUACCGUCAUGACCUUGAGUCUUUCGGGUGGAUUCUGAUCUGGUGCACCUUUAUGCUGAACUUUGAGGGGAAAGUCGUACCAUUCAAGGAACUCUAUCCGCCUAUCCAGGAGUGGACCGACACCGUCGAAUGGGCCAAACUCAAAUCCCGGAAGCUCGAGUUUGUGAUGAAGGGCGUAAAGGCGCAUCGCCGCAAGAUUACGAAGGCCAUGGCACCGCUCACGAAAAGGUGGACUAAGAAGGUUUUCCGCGGCAUGGGGAAGACUCUUGCAUAUGAAACCGAAGUCCGCGAUGAAUCCGAAGAGGAGGAUUUUGAUGCGUCCGACGCGGAAACCCUUCCUGGCAACCCAAUGUCGAGCGAUGAUGAUGACGACGUACCGGGACCCAAUUUUUUCUUCACUUUCGAUCAUUUCAUGGAUGUCUUGCGCCCCCAUGAUAAGAAUAAUCACGUCGAAGUUUUGAAGUUGCAGCGCACUAGAUCGCAUUAG